GCCGGGAAAAAGCCCAAAAAGAGAAUGAAUUAAAAGGAGCACUAGAAGCCAAGAAUAAGCAAGGAGAGAGCUAUGAAAAAGAGAUUGAAAUAGUUAAAUUUCAUGAGGAGCGAGGGAAAAUAAAGUGUUCAUGCUAUGACUGCAAAGCCAAAAAAGAAAUCAAGAAUCAAAUCCAAAGAGAAAUGCUUGGCGGACCAGAGAAGAAAGUUGAAUGUCCCGAGUGUGGUAAGCGAGUUAAGGUAUUAGACGAAGAAAAUG